AUGCCUUCCCAACUUGAUCAAGGGCCUCUUUACCUGGGCUUCGAUCUCUCAACGCAGCAACUGAAAGCAAUCGUUAUCACUUCGAGCUUGAAAGUCUUGUACGAAGCAAAAGCUGAUUUCGACGCGGAUCUAUCCAAAUAUGGAAUCAAGAAAGGCGUCCAUGUCAACGAGGCAGAGAGAGAAGUCUAUGCUCCAGUCGCCAUGUGGCUGGAAGCUGUGGAUUUAGUUCUCCAGCGACUAAAAGAAAAAGGAACACCAUUCCAACGGGUUAAGGGUAUAUCAGGUGCUGGUCAGCAACAUGGAAGCGUUUACUGGAGCAAGGCGGGCGAGACAAUACUCGGAGACCUGGAUCCAAAGGAUACUUUGAUUAACCAGCUCGAGAAGAAGGCAUUUGCCCAUCCCAAUAGUCCAAAUUGGCAGGAUGCAAGUACUCAGAAGGAGUGUGACGCUUUCGAUGCUGCUCUUGGUUCACCAGAGAAGCUUGCUCAGGUCACUGGUAGUAAAGCACAUCAUCGCUUCACCGGUCCACAAAUCAUGCGUUUCCACAAGAAGUAUCCAGAUGUUUAUCGAGCAACUUCACGCAUCACUCUUGUCUCGUCUUUCCUCGCAUCUGUGUUUCUGGGGAAGAUAGCUGUGUUUGAUAUUAGCGAUGUUUGUGGCAUGAACCUAUGGGAUAUUAAUGCUGGCGCAUGGUGCGAACCACUUCUCACGCUCGCGGCCGGUGAAGAUGGCCUAGACUCACUGAAGCAGAAAUUGGGAGAAGUGCGAGAAGAUGGCGGCGGUUCCUUAGGGAACAUCUCCUCUUACUUUGUUUCCCGCUACAAUUUCGCCCCUAACUGUGGCAUCGCCCCUUUCACGGGCGACAAUCCGGCUACCAUCCUCGCACUACCUCUUCGACCACUCGACGCAAUCGUUUCCCUCGGAACGUCAACCACAUUUCUAAUGUCCACUCCGAAAUACUUCCCAGAUCCAGCCUACCACUUCUUCAACCAUCCCACCACCGCCGGCCUCUACAUGUUUAUGCUCUGCUAUAAGAAUGGCGGUCUAGCCCGUGAAAAGGUCCGCGACAGCCUUCCUAAACCAACAUCCUCUGAUUCCUGGUCGACCUUCAACGAAGCUGCCCUCUCUACACCACCACUCGGGCAGAAAAGCCCUUCCGAUCCAGCAAAACUCGGACUCUACUUUCCGCUCCCGGAAAUUGUCCCAAACGUCCGAGCAGGAACAUGGCGCUACACCUGCGCCUCUGAUGGCUCGGACCUGCAGGUAUCAGAGAAGAAAUGGGGCACCGAAACAGAAGCUCGUAUUAUAGUGGAAUCACAAAUGUUAUCUCUGCGUCUCCGCUCCCACAACCUAACCCAUAAACCGUCCCCCGGGCUCCCGCCACAGCCCCGUCGUAUCUACCUAGUAGGCGGUGGCUCGCUCAAUCCCGCCAUCGCACGCAUCAUCGGGGACGUCUUAGGCGGUACUGAGGGUGUGUGGAAGCUAGAUGUUGGGGGUAAUGCUUGUGCGUUAGGGGGGGCUUAUAAGGCCGUUUGGGCUAUGGAGAGGAAUGAAGGAGAGAGUUUUGAGGAUUUGAUCGGGGAGAGGUGGAAGGAGAGCGAGGCUGUUGAAAAGGUUGAUGAGGGGUAUAGGAAGGAUGCUUUUGAGCGGUAUGGAAAUGUUCUGAAGGCUUUUGAGCAGAUGGAAGGAGAUGUUUUGGCGGGCGAAGAAAGGAAUCUGUGA